GUGGAGGAUCGACCUGGUCCCGGUGUGAACAGGAAGUGUUGAGCAUGUGUCUGUCUGCAGUCAUGAAGUCAGUCGCGGUCCUGGUGCUCCUGUCCCUCCUCUGCUCCCGGACUGACGCAGUCCACAUGAGAGACCCGAACCAGAACUCUUCAGACCCCGCUGUGGGGCUGGACCGGCUGGAUCUGGUCCGCCGGGUGGAUCCGCGCUUUCUGUCAGUCACCAUCGAUGCCAGCCUGGCUGCGGAGGAGCGCUUCAUGUCCCUGCUGAGCUCUCCGAAGAUCAGGACGUUGGCUAAAGCUUUGACUCCGGCGUUUUUGAGGUUUGGGGGGACCAAACAAGACUUCAUGGUGUUCAGUCCUCAGAGACUUCGGCCGGACUCCGGUUUCACUGCAGAACAAUCCUGUGAUACGCUGGAGUUGCCGUUGUGGCUGGAGAAGAAGCUGAAGAACGACUGGACUCAACAACAAGUGAUCCUGAUGAGAGAAGAUCUGCAGAGGAAGUACAAAAGAGUGAAGUUCACAGAGUACACUGUCGACCAGCUGCACUCCCUCACCAACUGUUCGGGGAUGGAUCUGAUCUUUGGGCUCAACGCUCUGCUCAGAACAGCUAAUAACACCUGGAACAGCAGCAACGCCCACUUACUGCUGCAGUACUGCGAGUCCAGACAGUACAGGAUGUCCUGGGAGCUCGGCAACGAGCCCAACAGUUACGAGAAGAAGGCGGGAAUUCGAGUGGACGGAUAUCAGCUCGGAGAGGACUUCACCCGCCUCAGAGAGAUGAUGUCAAAGUCCCAACUGUACCACGGCGCCGGGCUAUACGGGCCGGACGUCGGGCAGCCACGAGACCGCCGGACAGACAUCCUGGAGGGGUUCCUGCAGACUGGAGCUGAGGCAGUGGACGCUGUCACCUGGCACCACUACUAUGUGAACGGCAGAGACACGUCCGUGGAGGACUUUCUAGACCCCGAGGUUCUGGACACUCUGGCCUUAAAGACCCACGAAGUCCUGGAGAGAGUGAAGCUGGUGUCUCCUGUGAAGCCGGUGUGGUUGGGAGAGACGAGCUCAGCGUACGGAGGAGGAGCCGUGGGACUGUCGGACACAUUCGUGGCUGGAUUCAUGUGGUUGGAUAAACUGGGUCUGGCAGCCAGAUUGGGGCUGGAUGUGGUGAUGCGACAGGUGUUUAUUGGUUCUGGGAGUUAUCACCUGGUCGACGACAACCUGGAUCCUCUUCCUGACUACUGGCUGUCCGUUCUCUAUAAGCGGCUGGUUGGACCGGAGGUUUUGAGCGCCGUGGCGUUUCCCAGCGUUGGCGUCAGUAAGAGAGUGAGGCUGUAUCUGCACUGCGCCCACAGACAGAGUUACAGACGCGGAGCGGUCACGUUGAUGUCUAUGAACCUGAGCAGGAAGCCGGCCAGGAUCUCGGUUCCCGGUCUCGGCUCCUCCGGCACAGUGGAGGCUUUUGUUCUGCAGUCGGAUCAGCCAGGGGAGGAGGGACUCUACUCCAGGUCUGUGAAACUGAACGGAGAGCUGUUGAAGAUGGUGGAUGAUAAAACUCUUCCGGAUCUAAAAGGAAGCCGACUCCGUCCGGCUCAACAUCUGCAGCUUCCUGCGUACUCGCUGGCCUUCUUCGUCCUCACCGACGCUCGAGCUGCGGCCUGCGCCUGACCUGAGAGACCUUCAGAGGACGGACUGAAGUCAGUGAAUCUCUACAGAAGAGUUUCUUUCUGGAUGCCGGAGUGUUGUAUUUAUAGAAAAACAUUGUGUGCGGUGCUAAUAAAGUUUUUUCUAAUUCAGUU